UGUAUAUAGCCAAUAGAUCCGCUUGUUGCCCAUUAUAUUCCCGGCUCCUCCUCUCUCUUGUUCCCACUGCAUUGCCUACGCAACACAUCAUGUCCGACGCCGACAGUUUCGAGGUGGUCCAACCUGCGGACGCGUCCGCGUCUGCUCCUGCGGCCGAGCCCGCGACCGAGCCCGCACCCGCGCCCGCGCCCGCGCCGGAGGCGGAGCCUGCGUCUCCCGUAGCGUCCGUCACUUCGCCAAAGACGACCACUGAGAAGAAGUCGACGACCGGCACCGCGGCUACAAAACGCACUGCGGCCACUGCUACCUCGGCUACUCGUCGACCUACUGCCGCCGGCACCGCGCCAACCAAGUCGGCCACAGGCUCGACCACGAGCUCGACGACACGAACUAGUGCUGCCGGCACCGCAAGCAAACCUGCAGCCCGCCCGGCCACCGGUACGACCACGGUCAAGCGCCCGCCGACCGCGGCCUCGACUGUCUCGCACCGAUCUCGCCCUUCCAUCUCCGAAGACGAGAAGAAGCGGACGCCGGUUUCCGGCGCAACGGGGGCAGCGCGCCGCACCUCGAUUGCGGCCAGCAGUACUCCGAGCUCCCCUAGCAAGCCGAAAACUAAUACUACCACCGCCGCCGCCGCCACUGCCGCUGCGAGAAAACCAGCCGCCGCUUCCGGCACUGCUCCCUCAAGAACGCCCACGACAAGCUCCCGAUCCUCGACGACGGCCUCUGCUCCCACCACAACGACUCGCACGGCAACCAAACCCGCCGCUACUGGCGCCGCGGCCGAGGCGAAGAAGCGACUCUCGUCGGUCUCGUCAACCACGACGGCUGGUACUGCUCGUCAUGCGCCCCGUGCUUCUCUGGCGUCCAACUCGUCCAGCGCCACCACGGUUGCGGCCGAGUCGACCAAGGAGAUUGAGGAACUCAAGGCUAAGCUUGCAUCGAGCGAGUCCGAGAUUGCGGAACUGAAGAACCAGAUUGCUUCUUCCCAGGAGAAGAUCGCUGAGCUCACCGAGAAGGCCGGUGCCGCCGAAGCGGAACAGGCAACAGUGCCUGGAAGCGCCAUCAACCAGGAAGCUCUGGAAAGUUUGAAGACGGAACAUGCCGCCGAGAUUGAUGCUCUCAACAAGCAGGUUUCUGAAUCCCAGGAGAAGCUCGCUGCCGCCGAAGCUGAGCUGGCUGCCCAGAAGAGCCAGCUGGCCGAUGCCACCAGCGCAAAGGAAGCCGCCGAGGCCGAAGUCGCCGGGCUCAAGGCAGCCCUUGAGAGCCUCCAGGCCGAACAGGAGGCCAAGCUGGGCGAGGCCGCGACGAACUUGGCCAAGUCCGCCGACGAGCACGCCGCUAAGCUCGAAGCUCUUCAGAAGAGCCUCAAGGAGGAACACGAGGCAGCUAUCGAGGCGCUGAAGGCCAGGCAUGCCGAGGAGCUGCAGGGAGGAAGUGCCACGCUUGUUGCCAACCAUGAGAAGGAAAUCCAGGAACUCAAUGCGAGCCAUGAGAAUGCCCUGGCCGAGCUGCAGAAGAAAAUCGACGACCUCACCUCGAGCCAGGCGGCGCUCGAAGCUGCUCAUGAGGAGAAGCUGGCCGCUGAAACCGCGGCCGGAGCAGCCAAGCUUGGGGAACUCGAGGCCGAGAUUGCCGAACUCAAAGCCAAGCUUGAGGCUGCGGAGAAGACCGCUGAAGCUGCCAAGGCCGAACUCGAGGAGAAGUCGGCUGCUCUCGCUUCCCUUGAGGCCAAGGUCGCCGAGACGGAGGCCGAGCUCCAGGCCGCCAAAGAGGAAGCUGCCAAGGCCGCCAGCUCGCAUGCCGAGCUCCAAAAGCUUAUCGACACUCUCACCGAAGAGAACAAGUCAAAGGAUGCCACCAUCGCAAAGAUCAAGGAGGAGACCGCCGCGGCCGCCGACCAUCACCAGAAGCAGCUCCAGCAGGUCAGUCAGGACUACGAGAACGAGAUCGAGAGCCUGCGGGGCGAUGCGUUCUUCAAGCGGAGAUUCGAGGAGUUGGAGGUCAAGCAUAACGAGCUCACCAAGGCCCAUGAGGAAGCUAUCGAGAGCCACGCCAAGGCGCUGGAGGUUGCCAGGGCCGAGCACGAGGCCGCGGUCAAGGCCCUCGAGGCUAAGGAGGCAGAGCACCAGCAGGCCCUGGAUGCGCUGCAGGCGAGCCAUGCCGAGGAGCUGGAGAAUGCCAAGAGCCUAGCGAGGCAAGCGCAGGAAGCCAGCGCCGAGGAGAUCGAGGCCCUGAAGGCCACCCAUGCCAGCCAGAUUGAUACUCUGAGGGGCGAGAGCGAAGCUAGCCUGGCUAAGGAGCUUGAAGCCCUCAAGGCUAGCCACUCCGAAAUCCUCGAGAGCCUGAAGAAGGACCAUGAGGCAGACAAGGAACGGAUCUUGGCCAAGCAUGCUGACGAACUUGCCGCUGCGAAGGCGGCCGGCGACGAAAGCCACGCUGCUCUGCUGGAACAAAUCAAGCAGGAGCUUGAGGCGAAGCAUGCCGAGGAGUUGGCCAAGGUGACAGCGCAGCUCGAGACCGCCAGCAGCCUGAAGGAGGAGCUCGAGGCGAAGCACGCCGAGGAAAUCGCGAAGCUGACUGCGGAGCUUGGGUCGGUCGCCGGUCUCAAGGAGGAGCUCGAGUCGAAGCACGCGGAGGAGGUGGCGAAGUUGGUAGCUCAACUUGAGGCUGCCGGUGGCUUGAAGGACGAGCUCGAGGCCAAGCACGCUGAGGAGAUUGCGAAGCUGGCGGCUGAACUCGAGACAGCUAAGAGCCUCCAGCGGGAGUUGGAGUCCACUCAGGUCAAGCUCGCCGAGGCCGAAGAGAAGCACGCGUCCGCGAUGGCGGCCAUCAAGAGCCUGGAGGACGACCAUGCGGCCGAGGUGGAGAAGCUGAUCGCGAUGCACAACGAGGCCCAGGAGGCCCUGAAGAAGGAGGGCGCCGCGCAGGCGCAGGCUCAGCUAGAGGAGUUGCAAGCCAGCCACAACAGCGUGCUGGAGGAGCUGACGCGCAAGUCUCAGUCCACCUCGGAGGAGCUGGCCAAGGUUCAGGCAGCCAAGGGGGAGGUCGAUGCGACUCUCGAGGCCCUCAAGGCCGAGCAUGCCAAGGUGCAGGAGGAGCUCGACAGUGUCAGCCAGCAGCUCGCGCUGGAGAAGAUGGAGAAGUUCACGGCCCGAGCCGAGCUCGAUGCCGCUAGGAACGCCAAGCCUGACACUACCGAGCUGGACGCGCUCAAGGAGCAGCUUGCCGCCCUCGCCGCGGCCCACGAGAAGGAGGUUGCCGAGCUCAAGGCGAGCCACGAGAAGGCGCUGGCCGAGGCGGGCGAAGCCUCGAGCAAAGCAACUUCGGAAUUGGCGAGCGCUCGCGACGAGAUAGCCAUGGCCAAGAAAGAGCUGGAGGCCUACAAGGCCGAGGCCGAAGCCAAGCUGAAGACGUCCGAGGCCGACUACAAGGACAUGCACGACAGCAUGACGCAGCUCGUCGAGGAGGCGCAAACGCUGGCAGCCGAGAACCUGAAGAAACUGGCGGAUGCGGAGCAGCAGAUUGGCGACGCGGACAAGAGGAUCGCCGAGCUCACGGCCCAGCUCAAGAUCAAAGACGCGGAGCUGGCCGAAGCUAGGUCUAAGGCAGAGACGCCCAAGGGCCUUGCAGCGAGCCGCUUUGCCAACGCGGCCGGUAGCGACAACGACGGCGAUGCUGCCAACGAGCCCGCGGAAGCUCGCUAAGAUCCAGAAGUCGGUCAGCCAGCUACAGGACUACGACGCCCUCAUGGGGCAGCAGCAUCAUGAGAUGCUAAAGUCGAUCACCGAUCUCAAGAACUAGAACUGGGCUUGAGACGGGGCCGGCCGUCAGCCAGAGCCAAGCGUGUGGGAAUUACACUGCCGUGCC